AGCUGUUGUGAAGCGUGUCUUUGUCAUUUGUCCAAUCGGUAGCCGGUGCGGCAUCUCCUCCCAGUACGUGUCUCUCCCCGGCAGUAUGGCCGCCGUCUUGUAGUCCUCAGUCUUGGCGAGCGCCGCUGUCCCGCUGUGGGAUUUAAGAUUUAUCACAGGAAACAUGUCGGCCUUGCUCUUUUUGAAAACGUCUCUCAGCAGACUGCCGCCGAGUGCUGCUAGGCAGGUCUUCGGCUGCUGCUAUCACACCGAGAGAGGAGUGUACGGGUACCGACCGAAGCAGCUCGGCGGGGAGCACAAGACACUGUGGGACCGCAUUGCCGCACUGAACCAAGAUCACGGUCUUACCCGGCUGGUGGAGGCAUACAGAACACAUGGGCACAAAGCUGCUAAAAUUAACCCCUUACUGCCCCAGCAGCCCGUUGGCGACGGUGUCCCGGAGAUAGACGUGCUGGCUGGUGCUGUCAGAGGAACACUCAACACCUCAGGUCUGCGUCACUUUGGGAAGUCUCAGGCCACAGUGGAAGAGGUCCAGACCUACCUGGAAGAGGUCUACUGCGGUCACCUGUCUGUGGAGAUCAACCAGUUGAGCAGUCUGGAGGAGAGGGAGUGGUUCGCUGACCGCUUCGAGGAGCUCAAGAGAGAAAGCUUCUCUCCUGAGGAGAAGAAGCGUCUAGCCAAGCUCAUGCUGGAGUCUCAGGAGUUUGACCACUUCCUGGCCACUAAGUUUGCUACUGUGAAGCGUUAUGGAGGAGAGGGAGCAGAGAGCAUGAUGGGAUUUUUCUAUGAGCUCUUCCACCAGUCGGCCCACAGUGGAGUUACAGACAUCAUCAUCGGGAUGCCUCACAGAGGUCGACUGAACCUCCUGACAGGCCUGCUAAAGUUUCCACCAGAGCUUAUGUUCCGUAAGAUGCGUGGACUCAGUGAGUUCCCCGACACGUCCCCUGCUAUCGGCGACGUUCUCUCUCAUCUCACCUCCUCAGUGGAGUUGGAUUUUGGAGCAGAGCACCCUCUUCACGUCACGAUGCUGCCCAACCCAUCUCACCUGGAGGCCAUCAACCCCGUGGCCCAGGGCAAAACUAGAGCAAGGCAGCAGCUGAGGAAAGAGGGAGACUAUUCACCUGAGGAGAACGCCUACCCUGGGGACCAGGUCAUCUGUCUACAGGUUCAUGGUGACGGAUCUUUUACCGGUCAGGGGAUUGUUCCAGAAACGCUGACUCUUUCAAACCUGCCUCACUACAGAGUGGGUGGCAGCAUUCACCUCAUCGUGAACAACCAAGUGGGUUACACCACUCCGUCGGACCGAGGAAGAUCCUCUCUGUACUGCAGUGAUGUUGGUAAGAUGGUGAACUGUGCUGUGAUCCACGUCAACGGCGACGAUGCAGAGGACGUUCUGCGAGCCGCUCGGCUGGCUGUGGAAUACCAGCGGCGAUUCAGGAAAGACAUCAUCCUGGACCUGAUCUGCUACCGUCAGUGGGGCCACAACGAGCUGGAUGAGCCAUUCUUCACCAACCCGGCCAUGUACAAGAUCAUUAGAUCUCGUCAGAGCGUCCCCGACUCCUACUCAGACCAGCUGAUAUCUGAGGGUCAGAUGAUGGAAGCCGAGCGUGCCGAAAUCAAGUCCAGCUACUACGGCAUGCUGAAUGACAAGCUGUCCGGCAUGACCCUGUACAGCCCUCCACCCACCAACUUGCAGGGCCGCUGGGGAGAUCUGGUGGAGCCCCAGGCCAGAGUCACCACCUGGGACACGGGCGUCCCCGCUCAGCUGCUGCAGUUCAUCGGAGCAAAGUCUGUGGACAUCCCUGAACAGAUCUCCUUGCACAACCACCUCUUAAAAACCCACGUACAGGCUCGGUUGCAAAAGUUGGAGGAGGGUACCAAGCUGGACUGGUCGACAGCAGAGGCCCUGGCUUUUGGUUCAUUGCUCUGCCAGGGCUUUAAUAUUCGAAUAAGCGGACAGGAUGUUGGAAGAGGCACAUUCAGCCAGCGACACGCAAUGGUCGUGUGUCAGGAAACGAACGACACGUACAUCCCCCUGAACCACAUCAGCCCCCAGCAGAUGGGAUUCCUCGAGGUGUGUAAUAGCCCGCUGUCUGAGGAGGCGGUGCUCGGGUUCGAGUACGGCAUGAGCAUCGCGCAGCCGAAGCUUCUGCCCAUCUGGGAGGCCCAGUUCGGAGAUUUCUUCAACGGAGCCCAGAUCAUCUUUGAUACUUUCAUCUCAGGAGGGGAAGCUAAGUGGCUGCUUCAGUGUGGGAUGGUGAUCCUGCUGCCUCAUGGCUACGACGGAGCCGGACCAGAACACUCCUCCUGCCGCAUGGAGCGCUUCCUCCAGAUGUGCGAUAGUAAAGAAGAAGGUGUGGAUGGCGACAAUGUCAACAUGGCAGUGGUCAACCCCACCACUCCUGCCCAGUACUUCCACCUCCUCAGGAGACAGAUGAUCAGAAACUUCCGCAAACCCCUCAUUGUGGUCGGACCCAAGACACUGCUCAGAUUUUCUGCAGCAGUAUCCAGUCUCAGUGAUCUCGCACCGGGAACGUCCUUCAGGCCGGUGUUGGGGGAUACUUCUGUCCCUGCAGAAAGAGUCCAGAAGGUGGUGCUGUGCUCCGGGAAGCAUUAUUAUGCUCUGCUCAAACAGAGAGAGACGUCAGCAGCUAGCCAGAACACGGCGCUCAUCCGUGUGGAGGAGUUGUGUCCAUUUCCUCUUGAGGCUCUUCAGCAGGAACUCAGAAAGUACCCUAAUGCCAAAGAGUUUAUUUGGAGUCAGGAGGAACCUCAAAACAUGGGUCCCUGGUCUUUUAUAGCGCCCAGGUUCAAGAAGCAGCUGGCCCGCAAGCUCCAGUUAGUGAGUCGACCUGCUCUCCCCGCCCCUGCUGUCGGCAUCGGGACCCUUCAUCACCAGCAGCAAGAGGCCAUCCUCACAGCUACCUUUUCCUGAAACUCAGCACAGCUCUGAAUCAAACUAAGCAGGGCACAGGCAGUGGUGCUACGCUAUAUUUGGGUCUGCUGCAGUGAGGCAUUUGUACAAUGUGUUCUGAAUUUAUGGGAUCAGUGGUAAAUUUAUAAAAUCAAGGAAUGUUUUUAAGAGUAAUGCUCAUAAUUUCACUUGUUCUCGUUUAGUUAAGCAUGUUGAUUUCAGAGGUUUUGUGUUUUUGAAAGCAAUGUCUUAAAUUUCUUACAUUUUACUUGUCCCAUGACUCAGUUUUCUGUGUUUGAAGUUAGAUGCAUCUGAAUCAAGGCCUUAGAGAUCACGUUUACAUGAUGAUUGUAGGAAACAUUGUUCUGUUUUUACUGUUGGAGACUAUUUGCAUGAAUAAAACCUCUCCAGGUUCCUUUCUUCAGGAAUACAAACAUUUUGGUCAUCUCAUGCACAGAGUCUGCAGGAGGUGUUCAUUUUUGUACUGUUAAAAGCAGAACAAAUCUGUUUAGGAUGUUUUACAUACUUAAGCAUUAAUCUUGAAGUGUGGUGUAGUGCAGAAUGAACAUAACAAAGACAAAAAUGAAGCAUUUUCGGAAUAAAAAGUGAAAAUUGUUACAGCCGUGAUUAAUAUAUGUAGAAAAUGUCACAUCUGAUCAAACAAAUCCUGUACAACAAAGGAUCUGCAAUGAUUUCAUCCUUGUUUACACUGAGGCCGUAAUAUUACUGAAAAAUCCUGACAUGAACGGCUAAUGUAAAUACAGAAGAACUGUUUUCAAAUAAAUCUAUUUUCAUGUUU